UACUUCUCCUGUCCCCUCUUUUCUCUUAGAGAUUCACGGUCGGACGCCGAAGCCCUCUUUGAAGUGUCAGGCUCUUUGGAUUUCUUUUCGAACAACUUGGAAAGUGUAGGUUGCACUGGUGUUAACUGGUUGAACAUUUGUCCUUCCUCGGAAAGGAGUCUUGUUGCAUCCGACAGCUCUUUACUUUCUUCCCCAGGAACAUCCCUCACGCCUUCUUCUCUGCUUUCUGGAGGACCCUUCCUACUGACUGCACUCGCUUUGCUGGUGUCUUCAGAAGGACGUUUGGAUUUAUCUUUCGAGACUUUCUCGUCACCUUUCUGGCCUAUGCUCUCCAGCUGGAUGUUUUUGGUCUCUUUAAGUAAAGUGACCGUGACGACAAAACUGAACAAGUUCGACGCGAGGACUGCUAUGAGUAUUGCUUCAUCCCAGACGCCUUUGAAUGAGCCCACCACUCGUGCAGCUAUGACGUUGGAUACUCGAGAGAUUAUAUUCAACAGAGCCGUAGUUUUCGCUCGAACUUCCGUGGGCAUGAGCUCGGCCGCCCCCAGAUAG